UUAGAACAAUCCGUUAACCUCUAACCUCUGACUCCUGGCCCCGUGCGUGCAUGCUACCGGUCUACUAAAAACAGAAACCCCGUAAGACCGAAGCGAUCCCGAUUGAACCUGUGUCGGUGAGGACUCGGACACGAUGCCGACAGACUCCAGACGGGUCCCCGGGCCGCAGGACAGCCGGUCCCCGCACUGGUACGGGAAACACGCGACUCGGCAGGAAGGCGAUACCAGACCUGACGGGAGAGGAGACCACGACCUCCGACCUGUGUACCUCCACGCGGGCGUUGUCAGCCAGGCCACGGGGUCGGCCUACAUCGAGAUGGGUCAGACGAAGGUCAUCGCAGCUGUGUACGGCCCGCGGGAGAUUGCUCGGCGCGAGGAGUUUACGAUGAAGGGUCGGCUGUGCUGUGAGCUGAAGUUCGCCACGUUUGCCUGCAGACGGAGGAGACAGCACAUCCAGGAUAACCAGGAGAAGGACGGGGCGUUGAUUGUCCUACAGGCCCUGGAGCCUGCGGUCUGCUUGGACAGGUUCCCAAAGUCUCAGGUCGAUGUUUACAUCACAGUAUUACAAGACGACGGCAGCGCCCUGGCAGCUGCGAUCACCUGUGCCGCCGCGGGAUUGGCCGAUGCGGGAGUCAUGAUGUAUGACAUCGUGGCGGGGUGUUCCGUGAGACAGUGUGGGGAGAGACAGUUGUUGGACCCCAGUGUGGGUGAGGAGUUAAGUCAGGAGGGGGAGAGUGCAGAGGACCAUGGGAUGGUGACGGUCGGACUGCUGCCAUCGCUGAACCAGGUGUCGGCACUAACGUUAGACGGACAUCUGCAGCAACAAACAGCUGUACAGGCCGUGAAGACGUGCAUCGGUGGAUGCCAAGGAAUCUACCCCAUCCUUAAAGACUGCUUAGUCACGUCUACAAGAAAGAAGAUCCCCGCCUUGGAUCCGAAGUCGAGCCAUGCGAGCACAGAGGGACAAAACGGGCAGACAUGAGAGUACAUAUAAGCCACUUCACCGUAUGAACUGCUCAUGCACAAGGUCAAAGGUCAUAUUAGAAGAUGAACGGACGGACAUGAGACUGAAGAGACCAGCAGGCUUUUAGCCAGGCAUGCGUCAUGGCGUCAUCUGGACGCGCUUUUCUUAAAAUAACAAGAAAUUGUACGCACUAGAUGCUCUUACACUGGGGAGCAGAUCCUCUGACAAGCAUGAAAUUCUGAUUGACCAGGGAUGCCACCAGGUCAUUUGUGGUCACAGUCUUCUACUAUGACCUCUUUCACAGUCCACUUUCAAUGCCCCCCCCCCCCCCCCCC